CGGGUCCGUGGUCGGGUCAUUGGUGAAAACGCGCGGGAGAAAAAUGUAGCGAGCUCGGCGGCGCGGCGUCGUUGUUUCAUACAUACCAGCAUACCAGCACAACAAGACAACAACGUGACGAUGUUUUUAUGGAGUUCCACUCGUGUCGCUUGGAUAUGUGUGAUUUCGCUGCCAUUAAAACAUUUUCCUUAAACAACUACCCGAUAAACAGUCAUCCAUUUUUUAAACAAAUAAACAUAUUCGUGUUAUAAAUAAUUUAUUAUCAGCUCAUCCAAUAUGGAUGACCUUGAAAAAGAGUGCGAGAACACUGUUUUUGAAGUUUGUGACGCACGGGAACGUUAUCCUAAUAUGUGUGUUAGUGAACUCACUCGUUGCAUCAAGCUCGAGAAUGAAUUGAGCCUAGAGCCUGUGAAACAUGGACCUCGGACAAAGAUUGGUGCAUCUCCGAUGUCAAAAGAACAAAUGUUGUUUCUAGAAUAUCUUCAAAUUGGAUCAAAAAAUGAAGUUGCUCCGAAGGAAGAAAUAAAUAAGAAAAUGAAAAGCUUACUAAACAAAUUGGACAAUCUGACAUUGGUGGUUGAGCAAAUAGAGAAAGAAAAAUGUGAAGAAAUGAAUCGAUUACUUAGAAACCAGAAUUGAGUCAAUGACGAAAAGAUCAAACAAAGAACUUUAUAAACGUUCGGUAACAUUUUUUUUUUAUUUAACAGAUAAAACAUUCAUGCUAUCCUUGUAAUUUACAAUAGGGAGGAACAGUGCCAAUCAAAUAAAAUAAUUGCACGCUCCUGCUACAAUAUUCAAUGAUGCGAUUAAGAAAUAACAUGAAUGAGUCUUAUGCGAAUUCAACCCUUUCACGCUCCUUCGUGAGACUUUUUGACAUGUUUUUUUUCACGGCUUACGAUAUUGAAGUUUUUAAACGUUGGAACGCAACGAACAUUUGUGAAACCACCAGAAUAUAUGAAUUUUGACCACAAAUGAUUUGAUUUGAUGGUGUAGGCAUUCAAAUAAAAAUGGGUCAUCUUUAUGAUAAGAAAAUAAAUUGAUUGAAAGAAACUACAA